CUGGGAGCGCCGAGACGCGUAGACGUCCAUAAAAAAAGGUCACAAAGAGGUAGUGAUUUUAUUAAGUCAGAAAAUCACGGCCCUAGAAAGGUACUUGGGGCUUUCUGGGCAGAGAAAUAAAGAGUUAGACGCGCCCCCAUCGACAGAUGGAACCAGGGACUCAAGCUAAUACACCUAUCCGUUUGGUAAACAGGUCUACCGUCACUGACUGUAAACUGCGGCAUUCUACCUUCGCAGCAUCCAAUUGAUUCAGCUGACUUCCAAGAUGGCUAACUGCAAGACAGCAGUAAGCAUUCUUCAAGAGCACUGUGCCCAGCAGGGCAUGACACCCAUCUAUACUACCAUUAGUCAGGAAGGGCAAUCCCACCAGCCCAAAUUCACCAUCAGCUGCACCGCUGGACCCACAGUAGGAACAGGUGAAGGAGUGAGCAAGAAGAGUGCCAAGCAGGCAGCAGCCGAGGCCGUCUUGCAGCAAUGGGACGUGGAGAUACCCAAACUAGACUCUGUCAAAGCUGAAACGGUAGACACCCCCAACCCUGUCGGAGAGCUCCAAGAGUUGGUCACGUACCUGGGAUGGAGGAGGCCAGAGUAUGACGAGAUUGAGGAGACAGGACCACCGCAUGAUAGAAGCUUUGUGGUCGGUGUCACUGUUGGAAAGUUCAGAGAACAAGGAACAGACAAAAGUAAACGUCUUGCCAAGCGUACAGCCGCCAAAAGCAUGCUGGACACAAUUAAAGCCUUGCCACCAGAUACGGACCCGGGAGUCGAACCUGGGACCACCAAACCAAAGAAGAAGCAAGCUGCAGUAGCAGCAGCAGCAACCAAAGCAGCAGCAGGCUGCUCGCUGCAAACCGCAGAAGGACCCAACAUCGACAGGCUCUGCAACAAUCCUCUCAACUUCCCAGACUCGCAAUCCUGCCAGAUACUUCAACUGGUAGCGGAUGAGCAAAAUUUUGAGACCAGGUACAUAGACCUCUCGGAACGCAGCCUGAAGGAGGAAUAUCAGUGCCUAGUGGAACUGAAAACAUCCCCUCUAGCUGUCUGUCAUGGCAUGGGUCCGACUCCGGAAAGCGCACGCUCCACCGCGGCACGUAACGCCCUGUACUACAUAAAGACGAUGGCCCACAAACCCCCAAAUCCUCCAACCGAUCCUACAGAUAUUAAGGAUGAUUUUGAGCCACCUUCUCACAAGAAUCCGGUCCAGGUGCUGAAUGAGAUGAGCAUCGCUCCCUUGGACUUUGUCAUUGUCAGCAAAGAUGGGCCACCACAUGAUCCCUUCUAUGUCAUGAGCGUCCAGGUGAAAGGGAAAACCUUCAUGGCCGAGGGUAAGAAAAAGCAGAAGGCGAAAGAAACAGCUGCUCGGGCAGCUCUUCUUGAAGUUUUUGGCAUCAUGUCUUCUGAUAAUGACUCGCUGCCAAAUGCCAGGAUUCGACCGACACCAAGCAUUUUGUAUACUACCUGGACUGGGCAGGAGGCCUUCACCUGUGCCAACCACAUCCAAAGCAUCGUCGAGGAGAAACUGAGAGAGGUUGCCCUCAAAGAUGGCCAGACAAGGUACCUCAGGUACAAGGUCUUGGCUGGGGUUGUGCAGUCGGAUGGCGACGUGUUGAAGAGCUCUAGGGUUGUUUGCCUGGCAACGGGCACCAAGUGUCCUCUCACAGAGGAGCCGGUGACCAAGGGAACCAUUCUUCGUGAUUGUCAUGCAGAGGUUGUCGCCCGUCGCUGCUUAAAAAGGUACCUCAUGGAGCAGCACUUGAAGCAUCAGAAAGAUCCCAAGUCAUCUGUCUUUGAUGGCAGCAAUGGGAUUCUGCAGCUGAAGGAAGGCAUCCAGUUUCAUCUCUACAUCAGCUGUCCCCCUUGCGGAGAUGCUGCAAGCUUCAUCAAGGAGGAGCGAAGCAUGGGAUGCGGCGAUGGCCACCCUCACCGAGGAGCCAGGGGCAUCCUCCGUGCUAAGAUCAAACAGGGAGAAAGCACGAUUCCUCUGACGGGUAAAGCCAUUACGGCCCGGGAGCGCUUGUUUACAAUGACCUGCAGCGACAAGGUUGCCAGCUGGAAUGUCCUAGGAGUUCAAGGUGCACUCUUGAGCCACCUCAUCGCACCAGUGUACCUCUCCAGCGUGAUUCUUGGCAUGCAGUUUCACCCUGAUCACCUCCCACGAGCUCUCUACGGGCGCCUCACAGACCUACCAGAAUUGCCAAGAGGCUACAAGUUGAACAAACCUCUCAUGGUAGGUGCCAGCAGGCCCAAUGAGUGCCUCUUUGGAACCUCCUCAUCCUCCAAAGCACCCAGCUUCAGCAUCAACUGGAUGCAGACUGAAGACACAGACAAUAUUGAGGUGAUCAAGACUGAUACAGGAUUAACUGAGGAUGGCACCCCCUCUCGUGUCUCCCAAGAAAAACUCUUCUCUACUUACUUGGACAUCAUGAGGAAGCCUCCUCACCAGAGUCAUGCCACAGAAGAUUCCAUCAAGCAUUCUCCAAAGAGACGCAAAACCUCAAAAAAGAACAAGCAAAGUAAGGAGAGGGUCUCAACAGACAAAUCUCAGCAGAACCUCAAAGGCGGCGCCACCUACCGGGAAGUCAAGGAAGGUGCAGAGGCUUACCAAAAAUGUAAGAAGAUAUUGAAAGCAACAUUUCUCUCAGAAGGGUUAGGUCGAUGGCUUGAGAAACCUAAAGAUUGUGACAAUUUCAGGUGUUCUUCUGAUCAGUAAUUUGUAAAGUAGUACAGUUUGUCUACUAGUUUAGGAUGUACAAGCAACUGAGUUUAAUUGUCUGAAGGAGGCUUAUGAUCCACAUAAUGACUGCACUCAAUUUUUUGCAAUUAGAUGUAGAAGAAAUAUGUUAAAAUUAGU